AUGCGUCUGACCCUCGUUCAACUCAUCGGUUGGGCGGGCCUUGCCGCUGCCUCCGAGCGCCUGCUCCAGCACAACCCCGUCCACCCGUCCAAGGCCGCCCAUGCCGACAAGUGCCACUCUCCCAUGCUCUUCAGGGGCAAGUACACGCUGGGGCGCGCCAGUCUCGGCUGUGGCAUCCAUGAAACGCACCGGUCAUGUGCCUACAACGAGAUGGACCCCUUUGAAUUCGCCUACGAGAUGUGCGAGCAAGGCGACGGCGUGUGCCCCCAGGCCAUCCAGCUGGCCGUGCAGGUACAGGCCCAGCUCGACGGGGAGAAAGCCAUGCACGCGGCAAAGGCGAAGCAGGUCUCGGGCGACAAAACCCACUGCUACACCCACAAGCAUGACCAUGCCAGGUUCGACCCCGAACGAGCCGCGGCGGCGGUCAAGGAGGCUGCGGACAAAGAUGCUGCGGCCAAGCAGGUCCACGCCGACCCGCAGGAAUAA